UUAAUUUUAUCUUAGGCUAAAUUAUAAUGGACCUUUCAAUCGAAUCCAAAACGAAUAUGUACAUGGAUAUGGAUUAAUAAACAUUAUAUAAUUUCUAUAAACCUAAAGAUAGGUGAUGGAAUCGAUACUUGUAUCACACAUUUAUAUAAUAUACACAUGUACGGCUUUAUUUUUGUCGUUUCAAAUCGAUGUGACUUGACUUCAGUUGUUUCUUGUUUAAUAAACGCUAGGCGUUAUAAUAAAAAAAAACCAAUAAUAUUAGUCAAUUUAGUAAUUGAUCUGAAAAUGGAUUUAUCAUCAACAUAUACAGUAUUUUUUAACUCUCGUGAAUCGAAUAUUUCUGAAACUCCAUUUCAGUUGACGUCUACAGAUAAGUACGAAAAAAAAAUUCAUUCGACACCACUCUAUUGGGACAAUUUGAGCGUUUAUGCAGUUAAUAGAAAAGACCGAUGGUUCCAAACAAGUUUGGUCACUGAGAAAUUAUUACUAAAAAAUGUGGAAGGCUAUAUUUCUCCAUGUUCGCUAGUGGCAAUAAUGGGUCCUAGUGGUGCCGGUAAAAGUACAUUAAUGAGCGCCUUAGCUAAUAAACUUCCAGCUCAACUACGUGUCGAAGGCAGUAUAAAAAUUGGAUCUUGCUCUAUCAAUGACUUUAUGAAACAUAAUUCUGGGUUUAUGUACCAGCAUAACUUAUUUAGUGGUGUUUUUACAGUAAAAGAACACCUCUAUUUUAUGGCUAAACUUAAAAUGGAUAGAAGAACAAGUUCAAAAAAACUAAGUGCCCGUGUUUCAACAAUUAUCGAUAGACUAGGGCUUAGUUAUUGUGCAAAUACAAGAAUCGGUGCAACUAGCGGCCACGAAAAAAUUACAUUAUCUGGCGGAGAAAAAAAAAUCUUAGCAUUUGCGACAGAACUUCUAACAGAUCCACCAUUUUUGUUCUGCGAUGAACCAACAACAGGAUUAGACUCGUACAGUGCGCUUAAAGUUGUCAACAUAAUGAAAGAACUAGUGACAAGUAAUAAAAAAACCGUUGUUUCUAUCAUUCAUCAGCCAAGUUCUGAACUUUUAAAUAUGUUUCAUCAACUAAUAUUAGUAGCAGACGGCCGAAUAGCUUAUUCGGGUCCAGCUAAUAAAGCCAUUUCAUUCUAUGAAAGUAUAAUUGGUUAUCGAUGUCCAGAAAACUACAAUUCAGCUGAUUUUAUAAUAAAAAUUUUAUCAGAUGGUAAUAGUUCAGUGGAAAUGGUAUGUGAUGAAUUCGCAAAGAGUAAACAAUCACAACAAAUCAGAAAUGCAAUUUUAAAUGAAACAUACUUUGACGAAUCAAAUCAAUCUAUAGCUCGUAAUCACUUAUCUCCAUUUUGGCCUGUAAAAUUGUAUCACUUGACGAAACGUUAUUUUUUAGAAAAAGUUCGUGAUCCAACAAUUGACAUUCACAGAUUCUUGCAAAAAGUUACCAUUUCUCUACUGGUUGGACUCUGUUACUUGGGUACGGUUCAACAGACACAAGAAGGUAUCCAAUCGUUUCAAGGGGUAUUCUUUAUCCUUAUCACGGAAAACUUCUUUACGCCUAUGUACUCGGUGAUGAGCCAUCUACCCACGCAACUGCCUCUGUUCAUCAGAGAACAUACUUCUGGAUUGUAUGGUCCUUCAACAUUCUACAUCGCAAACAUGUUAUCCACCAUCCCGACACUGAUCAUCGAACCGACUGUGUACACGACCAUUGUCUAUUGCAUGGCUGGUCUGCAAAAUGAUUUAUACACAUUUUUUCUCACGGUCGUCAUCACGAUUCUAGUUAUGGCCGUUUCCACGUCUUGUGGUUACAUGUUCAACAAUAUUUUUGGAUCAAUGCCACUGGCGUUAACGUUCGUCCAACCAUUUGACAACGUAAUCAUGAUGUUGUCCGGCAUUUUUUUAAAUAUUAGGAGUAUACCGUGGUACUUACAUUGGGUGGUCAAUAUAUCGUGGUUUGAACUCGGAUUUGAAAGUCUAACAAUCUUACAAUGGCAAAAUGUUUCGUUCAUUGCUUGCAAAAAUCAAGAUCUUGAUGUGCCUUGUUUAACAGACGGUACUGAAGUAUUAGACAAAUACGAUUUUGAUUCGUCUAAUCUAAUGCCAAACAUUUAUAGAAUGACAUGGCUGUUUGCUGCUUUCCACCUAGUGUCGUUUACAUGUUUUGUUAUUAGAGCACAUUUAAAUAAAUUAUCAUAAAACUUCUAAAUACAUGGUACAAUAUUAAGUUACAUAUUUUCUAUUAAAUGCACUUUAAUAAUUGUAAGACGACUAAAAACCACUUUAUACCCAUCGCAUGUAUUGAGUUGAGGGGUGUUUUGCAGCGCUCUAACUCUAUUGUAUUUUAUAAUAUUUUUUUUUACUUAUGUUUACUUUAAUAUUAGGCGUUCAAGUAUUGUGUAAUUACAAAUAUGUAUGAAAUCUUCCUAAAAACGGUGUACCCUUUGUAUCUUAAUAUUAGGUAAAAUAGAUGUAAGAUACUUUUAUACUAAUCUAUGAUUGAUGAUAUUUUCUAAAAAUAAAAAAAUCUUCAUUUUUUUUUUU